UUUUAAUUACUGCUGAAGGUGACACACAGAACCUCACUGUCAAUUUUCUAAACCUUAUAAUCAAUGGAGAUUCCAGUAUUUACUGUUGACGCUUUUACCAAUGUACCUUUCAAAGGUAAUCCUGCUGCAGUGUGUCUAAUAGAAAAUGAACUUAACGAUGAGUUGUAUCAGAGCAUUUCUGCUGAAAUGAAUUUAUCAGAGACUGCUUUUAUCACAAGACAGACUUCUAUGGAUUUUUCUUCAGGUGCAAGGUUUGGUUUGCGUUGGUUUUCCCCCAAAACUGAGGUUCCCCUCUGUGGCCAUGCAACAUUGGCCUCAGCAGCAGUGCUGUUUUAUAUUAAAAACAAUGUGAACCCUGUUGUGGUGUUUGAGACUGUAAGCGGGGAGCUGUGUGUACGCCAAAAUGGAGAAUCUAUAAUCAUGGACUUCCCCUUAAAUAACCCAACGCCUCAGGACCAAAAUGAAGUCAAGGAACUUUUAAGGGCUGCUGUGGGAGACUUACCCAUUCAGGAUGUGUGCUAUUCUGAAACCACAAAGAAACUGAUGGUUCGUCUCGCCGAUACAUGUGACAGGUCUGAACUGAUGUCUUUGAAGCCAGAAGCAGAAGCUUUGCUGAGACACGAGACCACAGGGAAAAUCAGAAGUCUCAUAGUUACAUUAAAAGGAGCACAGACUGCUGAAACUGGACAUGACUUCUACUCCCGUGUCUUUGCCCCAUGGGUUGGGGUACCUGAAGAUCCAGUCACCGGGUCUGCACAUUCAGUUCUUGCCGGUUACUGGUCGGAAAAACUUGGGAAAAAGAAAAUGUUGGCUUACCAAUGUUCCAGUCGUGGAGGGGAGCUGAAAUUGGAUAUAAGAGAUGACGGUCGACUGGACAUUAGUGGUCAAGCACAGAUUAUUCUUCAGGGAACCCUUAAACUUUAAACAAACUCCCACAGUCUACUAAAUGAAUAUAAAGAUAGAUAUGCUAGAAAUCAUAUUUCAUCUCUCUUUAAAUGAAUAUGUAGGAACAUUAGUUGUGUACUAUUUAAUAACAACCAAGUCCUUAGAUAUGCUAAUUGUUUUGUUGUACUGUUUAACAGUUGCAUCUAGAAUAAUAAUUCAAUUCACUUUGUUACAAUUGUUUUAUUAAACAAAACAUUAAAAUAUUUUUAGAGCAUGAGAAAUAACAUUGCAAAAUACAAAUAUAAACAUUCA